AUGGGCGCAGGCGCAAUUCUCGAGCCCUUGACAGUGAUUGUCCUUCUCUUCGGAGGCACCUGGAUCAACCGGGUCACCAAGACCUCCACCUCCAUCAUCCAUGUGCGCCGCCAGUCUGCGGAGUAUCGGCGGACAGAUUCGUCUGACUCGCUCGAGUCGGGUCGACUCAGUCCUUCGCCAAAAGAGGCACUCUUGUCGACACGCGCUUGCUCUCCGCACUCGACCACAACAACAAGUGACAAUUGGUGGCACACAAGACAAUUGCGUGUGCUAGGCUAUACCUGGUCAUUUUGGUCACCCAAUUCAGAGAGAUUUCAGGAUCGUCUAUUGAGUCGUUUGCUCCGAAAGCUUCCUUUUUUAGUGGAAUGUUGGUACUGGGCGCUGGUCUACUGGACAUACCAGCUGGGCCGUGCCUUCACCGCACUGACUCUCAAAGAUGAUACCGUCGAUGUCGCCCGUCGACAUGCCUUGAGUGUAAUUGAAGUCGAAAAGAGUCUGGGCAUCUUUUGGGAAGUGGACAUCCAGCGGUUCUUCCUUCGCCAUACCACUGCCAUGAUGUGGAUCAACUGGAUCUACUCCUUUAUCCAUAUCCCCGGAACCAUUGCUUUUCUCGUCUGGCUGUACUACUACACGACCACGCGCAACCGCAUCGACGAACCUCAACCCGGCAAGCCGCGCGGCUCCGUGAGUGGCUCGCCAGCCGGUCCGUUACUCUACCAGGCACGGAGACGUACAAUGGCUGUCUGCAAUCUUCUCGCGUUCGUGGUAUUCACCUUGUGGCCGUGCAUGCCCCCGCGGCUGCUCAGCGAUCCAAAUCUGCAAGGUCCGGAAGGUGAGCUCAGCCGCAGCUAUGGCUUUGUUGAUACCGUUCACGGAGAGAAUGGUGCCGGAAGUGUCUGGACACAAAACCGUUUCUGCAAUCAAUAUGCCGCUAUGCCCUCGUUGCACUUUGGGUAUUCCCUGAUGAUCGGUGUCACUAUCAUGACCAUUCCUCUGCCAUCGCAUCACCGGCGAUCUCUUCGUACUCGGCUGUGUUGCGGCAUCGGACUCCGUAUUCCCUCGUGGCGACGAAUUCUCUGUCUCACACUUGGUUUCCUCUAUCCGUUCACCAUCCUUGUCGCCAUCGUGGCAACCGCCAACCACUUUAUAUUGGACGCUGUUGCCGGUGCUUUGGUCUGUGCUUUGGGCUGGAACUUCAAUUCAAUUCUGCUGAAUCUGCUACCCUUUGAGGAUUACUUCCUCUGGUUGGUGCGCAUCCACAAGCCCGAGCCUGCAUCCACCGGUCUAUACACCAAGACCUUUGAUGACUGGGACUCGGAUGAUGGACAGAUCCGUCAGGCUGUGCUUCCACAGUAA